CACCAACCCCAGUCCCUACAACAAACAUCCUCGCGGCUCGAGGCGGCCAGUUGCGCGCGCACACCGUACUCCUGUUGACAGCGAGCCGCUUUCACGGCGACUUCGCUUUCACGGCGGCGUUUUCUGGUCCGGAGAUCACGGAGUUUCAUCGGACUCCCUGCCUGCACAAGAGGCGGCACGUGAGACGGUUGCGCGAGACUUGGGCUUUGAGGUGUUCCGCGCUUUCACCGUCGAGUUUGACUGGCGCGUGAGCGUCUCUCCCUCAGAGGCGCUCGGGGUCGGAUUUAUCACCGCAACAGCGCCGCGGACAGCCGAAGGAUCUGCUCGAGCUCAGAUGCUGUGAUGGAUCCUGGUAUUAGAACCUUUGGAGGAAUCCUGUUACUGGCCCUUCUUGCACUCUUUGGAAGGCAAGUGGCAACAGAGAAUGACAAAGAUUUCAAACUGUGCGGAUCCUGGAUCCAUGGCAGUCAUUCACGAGAUUUGAUAGUCGAUUUAAAGACGGGCUGUGAGAACAUUAUCAUUUCAGCCAAUGACAGCUCACUGUCUAUCAGGGGCAAGAUUACAGCUCAGUGCAACAGAUCUGAAGUCCGGGCCCUGGACCCUUCCCCGGGGCCAACUCACUUCUGUGUGUUCUGGGAGCCUCUGUUGGACAUGCUGAUCAUGGAGAUGAACAACACGAAUACUACACUCUGUGAAUCUCGUGAAGUGCAGACCAUGUGUUGCACUGACCUCUCCUCUGGGGCACAGAACAAGUCUCAGCACCACGGCAUUGUGAACGCCAGCAUCCAUGGGGACAUCAUCACCGGUGAUGCCAUUGCAGUGUAUGAGUUCAAAGGCGGCGUGAUUGACUGCAAGAAAGUGUUCUGUGAUAAGGCAGUCCAGGAAUCCAGAGGGGCAAACAUGAUCGAGGAUGCUGUGAUGAGGUCCAAAGCCGUUGGCAGUGUGGAUCUACCAUGUGCUCAGAGUGUUGUAGUUAAGAUGAAUGAAGAUUUUGCAGGAUACAAUGUCACGUUGCCGGCCCCACAUAGUGUGCCAGCAAACACAGUCCUUUUGUACCUACCUGCCUGCCUGAAACCUGCAAGAUCAAACACAGCCAAAGUAGUCUGCACCUACUUCAAGAGCAGCACAUUGUUUCAGGGUUCUGCUGAUGUUCUGGAUGAAGUGGUUGGGAUCUCUGUGGAAAAUGAGAUUAUCACACACCUCCCAGAGCCUGUCAGAAUCAAGUUCCAUCACUCUGACAUUCUGGCAAAUCAAACUGCAAAAUGUGUUUCAUGGGAUACACGGAAAGAUAAAGAGAUUAAGUGGAGGAUGGAAGGUUGCAAAACAGCUCAUAUCAGCUCAAAGGAAACUGAGUGCUGCUGUAACCACCUAACAUACUUUGCUAUUCUUGUGCAAGUGAACCCUACCAGAAAAGUGCACCACCUACAGGCCCUGACCUUCAUUACAGCUGUGGGCUGUGCCGUGUCCAUCGUCAGCUGUGCCGUUCUCUUCAUUUCACUCUGCAGGAAAAGGAGAGCUAAAGAUCAGUCCAGUCUGGUGCACCGUGGCUUAGUAGUGGCUCUUUUUCUACUGUGCUUGCUCUUCGUCCUCACUGGCACUAUAGCCAAUUUGGGGCAAGAUGAAGUGUGUCAGUUUGUGGGUGCGCUGCUGCACUACGCCCUGCUCAGCACCCUCUGCUGGAUGGCUGUAGAAGUGCUCCACACAUUCUGGAUGAUCUACAUGGUUUUCAGCCCAUCUCCGAAGACAUGCAUUUGGUACCUGUUGGGUUUUGGUUUGCCAGCUCUCCCUGUUGUUAUUUUGGCAUCCAUGGGGAACUUUUAUGGUGAAAGGAUGGUUAUGCCAAGUGAUGAUGUCUCAAAGCCCUAUCGCAUGUGCUGGAUGACAGAGUCUCAUGCAACCCUGUUAGCCCAUUUCAUCUUAAACGUGGGCCUGCUGGCUGCUGUGGUGAGCUCUGGUUGCAUCAUGCUCUUCCUGGUGGCUAGAAAGAUUCAUAACCGAGACGAGUGGAGGAGGAACCGUGUGGCCUUCCUCAGCAUCUGGGGCCUCAGCUGUCUGUUUGGCACCACGUGGAUGCUGAUCUUCUUUGAACAGCUCUCAGAAACUGUUGUGUUUUUCUUCUGCAUCAUUAACUCUUUGCAAGGAUUUUUCCUCAUGUUGCGGUUUUAUGUCCUGGAGCGGAUGCGGAAGAAGCCUGGAUUUGGGACGGAUGGUAGCAGCACUGGAUCCACACGGCAGCACAUGUUACAAGCCCAGGAAAAGAGCUAGAAAUCUGCUUCUUUAGAUGACUCCUUUUUGAAGAUGAGCUUGUAUGUGUGACUAUCACACAUGUUUUAGUGUAGUCAUUUCCUUUAUUGACAAGGGCAUUCUUACAUUUUAUUUCUGCAUUCAUGACCUGCAGGUCAGGCUCUUAGAUAUGCCUCCUUAAAGUACUGCACUGAGCUGAAGUCAAGAGAAUUUGGAGAUAAUAUGCAGGGCUAUAAAGACUACAACUGUGGUGAGCUCAGUAUCAUAGUGUGUAAGCUUAUUCCCUUAGUGAUUCUUUUCAUUCUUUUAAAAGAUCCCAGCACUUUAAGGUUUAUUCCUUAUUUUAACUACUGUGCAAAACUACUGGAUUCAUUCUUAAGUGAAACGAGAAGCACAUUUUUAUCAGAGAACAGCCAGUGAUUUGAUAAUACAUUAUAUGUACGGGUUAGAAAUUAAACUGAUCUUGACUGGUACGUCAGACACAAAUAAACGUUGGCAGUUUUUGUAUAAAAAAUAGUGUUUGUAUAAGUUCUGUGUUCUCUGGGGUGUUUAACGUUAAUGCCAAACAAAGAUUUCUUAAAAAUUGCUUCAUGUUCCUUAAAGUAUUGAGGGUAAAAUAAUAGCUAACUUUUGGAAUCACUGUCUUUGAAAUGGAAUCACUGUAUAUUUCUGCCACCCUGAACUGUGAGGCACUUUUAUUUAUUCUGGAGCUGAGCUUUACACAAGCACGUCUUUUGUAUUUGUGUAUUUUUGUGACUAUUUCUCUUGUAUACAAAUAAAAGCUGAUGAAAUUUGUGUGGA